AUGAUAAAGUUGAAAACUUUACUUCAGCUUUGCUUCCAUCGUUCCAAAUUUUUCCAACCCAGGUUCCAUUAUAGAACCCUAAAUUCAUCAGUAGCUCAUCAAAAAGUUGAUCCCUCCAUAGCUUAUAUCAAUUUCAUCUCCUCAAACCCAUUAUUUUCUCUCUUGGGUUUAUGCAGAAAUCUGUCCUCACUCAAGGAGUUGCACUCUUCGCUCAUAGUAGAUGGUCAGUCAACUCAACUCAAUUUGCAAACUAAACUAGUUAGUUUGUAUGGUUCACUUGGGGACAUGGAAAGUGCCCGCUUGGUGUUUGAUCAAAUGCCUAACCCAGAUAUUUUUUCAUUUAAAGUGAUGAUUAGAUGGUAUUUUAUAAAUGAUCUACACUUUGAAACCAUUGGGUUCUACAAGUGUUUGAGGAAAUGCCUCAAAGAAAAUGACAAUGUUGUCUUUUCGAUUGUAGUGAAGGCAUGUACAGAGCUGCGAGAUAUCGAUGAAGGGAGGAAGGUGCAUUGUCAUAUUGUGAAGGCUGGAAGUCCCGAUAGUUUCAUUUUAACUAGUCUUGUAGAUAUGUAUGCCAAAUGUGGAAAUGUUAAGUGUUCACGAAGAGUCUUCGAUGACAUUGUUGGUAGGGAUGUCGUUUCUUGGACUUCGAUGAUAGUUGCAUACGUGCAGAAUGAUUGUGCCGAAGAAGCCUUGGUGCUGUUCAAUCGAAUGAGAAGUGGAUUGAUUGAAGGCAAUCAACAUACAUUUGGGAGCAUUAUUUCAGCUUGUACAAAGUUACGAGCUUUACAUCAAGGGAAAUGGGUUCACGGGUAUGCUAUCAAGAAUGGAAUCGAUCUCAAUCCCCAUUUGGUUACUUCUCUGGUCGAUAUGUACGUGAAAUGUGGAGCCAUUCUUGAUGCUCGUUCUGCCUUUGACGAGCUUUCUACCGUUGAUCUUGUUUCUUGGACGGCCAUGGUUGUCGGGUACAGUCAAAAUGGCUAUCCGAAUGAAGCAAUUGUAUUGUUCACCGACAUGAAACGGAUCGAUAUCUUGCCGAAUUCUGUCACCAUUUCGAGCGUGAUAUCUUCGUGUUCACAGUUGGGUGAUAGAGAAAUUGGAAAAGCGAUUCAUUGUGUUGGUGUUAAGCUCGGUUUAGAAGAUGGUAAUGUGAGAAAUGCUCUUGUGGACAUGUAUGCAAAAUGCGAGAUGAUUGAGGAUGCCCGUUACUUGUUCGAUAGUUAUUCAAACAAAGAUCUCGUAACAUGGAAUUCAAUUAUCAAUGGGUACGGCCAAAGUGGCCGUUCUUAUGAGGUUAUGAAACUAUUUCAUCGAAUGAGAUCAGAAGGUUUUCACCCGGAUGCAGUUACAUUAGUGAUCCUUCUUUCAUGUUUUGCAUCUUUUGGCGAUCUUCGAAUUGGUUCUUCUCUUCAUGCUUACUCCAUUAAACGUUCCCUUUCGUGUGAUAAUAAUGUAUAUAUCGGCACCGCACUUCUGCAUUUCUACGCCAAAUGCGGGAAACAAGAAGCUGCUCGUCGUGUUUUUGAUGGCAUGGGGGAGAAGAACACGGUUUCAUGGAACGCGUUAAUUGGUGGUUAUGGAAUGCAAGGGGAUUGUAACAGUUCGAUUGCCGUUUUCAACGAAAUGUUGAAGGAAAAUUUGGAUCCUAAUGAUGCAACGUUUACAGCAAUUCUAUCGGCUUGUAGUCACACGGGAACAUUUGAAGGAUGGAAAUUCUUCGAUUUGAUGUGUCGAGAAUUUGAGUUUGUUCCAAAAAUGGAUCACUACGGGUGUUUGGUUGAUCUGUUGGCUCGAUCUGGUAGGCUUGAAGAAGCGUUCGACUUCAUACGGAAUAUGCCGGUUAAACCGGAUGUAAGCUUGAUUGGAUCGUUUCUCCAUGGGUGCAGUAUGCACUCAAGGUUCGACCUCGGUGAAGUGGCGGUGAGGUGGAUGUUCGACCAGCAUCCCAUCGAUGCUUCUUAUUAUGUGCUCGGAUCGAAUUUGUAUGCUUCAGAUGGAAGAUGGAGUGGGGUUUUUGAGGUAAGGGAGUUGAUGAAGCUGAAAGACCUGAGUAAAUUGCCUGGAUGCAGCCUAGAGCUACAUAAUGCAUCAUCUGGUCUGAACCAUGCUGCACCCCUGAAGUUUUUUCAUACCUGUAGUUUUCAUCAUUGAUCUCACAUUCUGAAAUUCUUUCCAAUCUUCUCCUUCAGCAGAUAUAUUAGACAACAAUGUGUAGUAUCCUGUGUCAUC